UCUAUUUAUUAUUUCCAUAGUGAUGACAAGUAUGUAAAAAUGGAGAUUGAUCCGAAAUUCACGUUUGUGCCAUUGAAAGAAAAAACUUAUAUCAGAAUUAAUGAUAGAAAUUCGCAAGAGUAUCUUUGCAAAUGGGGUUUGAAAGGAAACUUUGUUAUUCAGAAUUUUUCAUUCAACGAACAAUUUCAACAGUAUCACAAAUAUCAGCUGGCUGAUGCGUUUUUUAAAGACGACUCCGUUGCAAAAGUAUUACUGUCUAAACAGGGCAAUGCCUGGGUAAAGCAAGGUAUACAAGCGUCGAGUGUGGAGAUAAAGCAAGUGCCAUGUUCCGUCUUAUGUAUGUCUUUCUUUAAUAAAUUAAAGGAUCCAGAUAAUGGGAUAAUUCGUGGUUCUGGAACGAUCUGUAAAAGAUAUGAUAUGCAAAUAGAGGAAUUUUUGGUAUCCGAUAAUUUACAUGGUAUGCUUUUAGACGAGGAAUCAGAAGAAUACAAUCUGUAUUCAAGAGAGGAAAGAAAUGAAUUUGUGUUUCGAAUUUUUCAAAUGCUCGUUCUUGGCGGAAUAUUAUGCCAAUUUGAGGAUGUGUUAGAACCAUAUCUAGAUGUUACUAAAAGUAUCUAUAAGGAUCUUGUGAGGGUGCAGAAACAAAGUACCUCGAAUAAUUUAUUCGUAAGUACUUUGGUAUUAGAAGUAAUUGCUAAGGAUAGCAAAGGCCAAGAUUACUUUCCAUCUAAUUCUAGUAACAGGCAAAAUAUUGCGUUUCUAUUGAUAGACGCUGAUUCUCGCGAAAUCACAUCCUUUGUACAUCAGUAUGGCGGGUACUGUCCUGUGGACUGAAUCUGAUUACAUUAUAUAUAUUUCAUUCUAUUAUAAAUAUAUCAUACUUAUUAUUUCUCUUAUGCAUAUUUCCUUAAUUCGUGUUAGUCAGAUAGUAUGUUUGACUAGUAUAUAAUCCUAGUAUAUCUGCGUAAUAGUCUUAUAAACAUAAUAGUUUAUAUAAAAUGAUUUAUGACAAUCAAUAUCAAUAUAAUAUACUAUAU